CCCGCGUUGGCAAUCUUUUCGUCUCAUAUCCCAUGUCGUCCAUCAAUCAGUCAAUCCCAAUGUCCGAAGAAGACCCCCUCAUCCAGGCCCUCCCCCCGGCCACCGACUACCUUACCUACCUCACUCUGCUCGAGUAUCAGUUGACCCCCGCACGACUGCCUCUCCUCCACAAGCUCCUGCAAGAUGAGGUUCUUACGACGAAUAUCGGCUGGGACCUGGUCAAGAUCCUCCUUCCUAUGCUUCCAGAGUCCCAGGAGUGUUUGAAAGAUGUUGCGCGGCUUGGGAAUCCCAGAGAAGUCAUCUUGCGCGUAUCCGACGCUCUCAUGCAUCUACACCCCGCAGAAGAAGACGACGACGACGAGGACGCAGACAAGCAAAUGGAGAAGCAGCUCCAGGGCGUUAACCUCAGCAGCAGCAGUAAAAAUGCAGCGACAGGGAGCGUUCCUCUCCACGUUACCAAAUUCAACACGCUCGUUGCGAUGCUCUCGACCCUCCACUCGCGAAUCCAGACCAAGUCACCCAGCCGAUUCCUUGCAACGUCCCUCCAGGCAGCGCUAGAGGCAUACACUUCAAUGCCAACGAAUGAGACCACCAUCGCCCUUCUAGAAUUCCUCAGAGACGUAUCUCCCACGAAGCGACCCCCGCCACCCCCAAGGCAGGCCAGCGAUUCGACGGUGCUGCGCGUCGCCGAAGCAUCGGCCCCGGAUCCUGAAGCGGAGGUCACAACCCCUAGCCCAGCUCUCGACGCAGAAGGUGCAUUGAUUAGGAGGUUUCUACAAUUCGGGUUGAUUGAGCUUCUCAAGUCCUAUCUCCUGAGUUGUUCUGGUGCCAUGGACCCUGGGAUGUCCUGGGGUAUUAGGCUGCAGGAGAAGCUACACCCGGAAACGCGCAUGCCUGGUUCUGGAUCACCUACCAAUGUCUAUGUGGAGAAUAAGCAAUUGGGGGAGAGGGAUAGUAUCAUUGCCAAGAUUACUGCACUUUCCCAAGAUUUUGGCCUGACCGAUGCAGAGCUCUUGAAGAUUGUCACACAACCACCAGAGGCGCAACCCCCACCGCUAGACUUUGAAGAACACCCGAAGAAGGCAGAAGAAAUUCCCCUUGAAAGGCACGCAGCCGUACUAUUAUUGGCUGCCCGGGCAGCAGUCGCCCAGCUGUUCUCGUCUGGAACCAUUCCUCCGAUCAAGGUUUACCCCGACCUAGCCCGUGUUUUGGAUAACUUUGUUGGGAAUUUUGGUACUCUGGAUGAGGUUGCCUUCGAGCAACCGGAGGUGCUCCUUGACUCGCUCCUCGCUCUCGCCGUCCUAUCCCUGAAAGGCCCGAUACCAGCACCGUCAGAUGAGAACGGGUUUAGAGACUUUGUCAUUUCGCUGACAGCGUGUACCGUUCGCCAAACCUACAGUUCAGUACGAAGGCUCCCAGAAACUGUGAUCCACGCCAACCCGUCUCAAAUAUCCCGCUUCAAGGUCAUCCGCAAGGUGCUAGAGGACGAUCACUAUAGAACGAUCAAGGAUAGGGCAAUUGACUGGCUCAAGCACGAGAUCCUAGAGGCAGCCAAAGAAACUUCGGCCUCUGGGUCAAUAUUCUCCAACCCUCAUUACUUCUCCGUCGCCUUCCCCCUUAUCUUCGCCUCUCCCUCUCGGGAUAUAGAUGUAUCCUCUGACCUCGUGACAUCCUGGGUCAAAUUCACGCAAUCACUCAGCCCAUCGAUCCACUCCGCCCUCAACCUCUACUAUAUCCUCAUAUCAUCCAAACAGCUCCGCAGUCAACUACAACUAGAAAAGACCUACGCCUACUUCCGCAGCCGAUUCCUCGACCCCGUCAAAUCAAUCUGCAGCACCUUCAAAGCCGACCUCGCUAAAAACGGUGGCGACGGCAAAAUCGAAGCCUCAGUGGGCGAGGAUGCAGUCAAGAUAGGAACAGCUCGGUCUGUGAAUUUGAUUCUACAUAUCGUGGAACAAGUCGAAGACGCAGUGAGCGAAGCCUUUGUGGUGGGAGACGCGGAGUUGCAGGAGCCCAGCGCUGAUGACAUUGCACGCGUGGAUACCAUCCGGAAGGAGACAGCUGUCGAGUAACUGAAAACUUCCCUUGUAUAUAAAUCAUGUUUUUAACAAUCGUAUAUGUAUGACUGAAAUGAAUUUAUGAACUACACUG